AUGAGCAACUCAGUAGCUUCGCCAGUCGCAGCUCCAGAUAUCGACGAGAAGAAAUCCCCAUCUGUGGGAAUUGUCAAUGAGUCUCCCGUCGAGUACAAUGUCAGUGCGAGCACACUUGCCAAGACAUGGUCGAGAAGAGCUCUGUAUACAGCAUUCACCUGCCUCUUUCUCAUGAACCUCUUCAUGACCUUUGCGACAUAUACUCAGAAUGUAUACGAGCCUUACGCAACGAGUUAUUUUAAAGGACACUCCCUCAUUGCCACAUUCAAUAUCAUCCAUGGGCUAGUACGGAUUGUAGGGUAUCCUCUUCUGGCGAAGACGGCAGAUCAUUUUGGCAGACCCCUUGGGUUCGCUAUCGCAGCUCUGCUUCUGUCCUUAGCAAAUGUGCUCUAUGCAUCUUGUGACAAGAUUGAUAUCUUUCUGUCCGGAGGCAUUUUCGAAGCACUUGGCGAUUCUUGGUGGAACAUAACUCAGCAGAUCUUUAUCGCAGACAUAACCAGUUUCGUCAAUCGAGGUAUCCUUUUCACACUUCCAGAGUCUCUCUCGGCCAUUCCAACCCUGUACGCUGGCUCUUAUCUCGGUGAACACAUGCUGCUGAAUUCAUCGUGGAGAUGGGGGUAUGGGAUGUGGGCUGUCAUUCUGCCGUUUUGCGCACUUCCAACCAUUGCGCUCAUGAUAUGGACGGAUCGAAGAGCGAAGCAGAGAGGGAUUGUGAGGGAGAGGGUCUCCUUACUGCAUGAUGUACCAUCUGGAUCGUCAUGGGCUAGGAAGGCAUAUCAGGUGCUGUGGAUAGAGCUGGACUUACCUGGAGCGUUUUUACUGAUGGCUGGUUUGGCGAUGACGUUGUUGCCAAUCUCCAUCUCGGGCAAGAAUAAUACUGAAAGAUGGAAGAAGCCCUCUUCAAUUAUUCUGCUCAUUUUUGGAGUCUUGACUUUUGCCGGGUUCCUGGUUUGGGAUGGUAAGUUUGCACGGAAGCCAAUCAUUCCAUUCAGAAUGGUGAAGGAGAGAAAUGUCAUUCUGGGAUGUGCCGCGGCUUGUACGAUUGCUAUGUCGGAUGCCGCAUAUAGGACAUUCUUGUCGAGCUUUCUCCAAGUUGCAGGUGGAUAUUCGCCCGGAAAUGCGACACGAAUUGAUAAUGCUCAACGAGUAGCCUACAACGUCGGCGCCAUCUUUGCUGGUAUCUGUUUGAAAUUUGGCAAGAACACGAAACCUUUCAUCGCCCUUGGCUUUCUCAUGAUUGUCCUCGCAAAUGGUCUCCCGAUCUACCUGACGAACAUGCACGGUACUUCCGUUGGCAACGAAGUAUCCUUCAUCACCGUGAAGACGAUUCUUGGAGUAGGUCGAGGCUUUGCACAAGUCCCCAUUCAAGUUGCGCUACAGGCUUCAGUCCCGCAUAGUGAGGUUGGUGUUGCGACUGCGGUGUACCUCUCGUCCUUGGGAUUUGGAUCGAAUAUGGGAAAUAGUAUCGGAGGAGCAAUUUGGAACGGUAUACUUCCCAGGAAAUUGAAUCAAUACCUCCCAACAGAGAAUAAAUCUGUCGCAAAAGCAAUAUUUGGCUCUAUUGUCACUGCCAAGAAGUAUAAGGCUGGAACCGCAGCCAGAGAUGCGAUCAACCUGGGAUAUCGAGAGACGCAACGAUCGUUGUCAACUGCAUCAUUGUGCCUAUCUCUGCCUCUAUUCAUUAUCAUCAUCUUUAUGAGGAACAUGAAGCUUGAAGAGGAAGAUAAGGUGAGAGAUGAGGCUGCUGCUGAGGAAUUGAAGAUGGCGGAGAAGAUUCAGAGACAUGAUGCUUAG